GCUCGGGGCGGGGAGGAGCCGCACCAACGCCAGCCCGCCGCCAGUGAGCUGCUAGCCGGGACCGGGAGCCGGGAGCAGGGAGGCGGCCGGACGCGCGGACAGGCCCGGUGAGCGCGGCGGCGCUGCGCUCGACAUAAUCACCCACACAAAAGGAAGCGAAAUCCAGGGACUACAUGGUGUGACUGGGCAGCAGCUGCAGGACGUUGGCAAGUCUUCUUGGAUGUCCUGCAGGACCCAGUGAGCCCAGGCCCAGAGGAAUUCUAGUGACAGUGCGCUCUCAACUCUCCUUCAUGAACUACCAUUGCCAAAAGGUGUCCUUGAGUGAGGGUAGCAGGGAGUGAAAGAGGAGGAGAAAAGAAAAUUAAGAAAGGUAUAUGAGUUUUGGACUUUUCCACACCCAGGGUCAGAAUGCUGCUCCUCUGUCAUGCCCUCACUGUAGCUGUGGCCCAGACCUUUAUCUUCUCAGAAAACCGGGCAUUUGCCAAGAACAUCAACUUCUAUAACGUGCGGCCUCCUCUUGACCCGACACCAUUUCCAAACAGCUUCAAGUGUUUUACCUGUGAAAAUGCAGGGGAUAAUUAUAACUGCAAUCGAUGGGCGGAAGACAAAUGGUGCCCACAAAAUACACAGUACUGUUUGACAGUACAUCACUUUACCAGUCAUGGCAGGAGUACAUCCAUCACCAAAAAGUGUGCCUCCACAAGCGAAUGUCAUUUUGUUGGCUGCCACCACAGCCGAGAUUCUCAACACACGGAGUGUAGGUCUUGCUGUGAAGGGAUGAUCUGCAAUGUAGAGUUACCCACCAACCACACCAAUGCGGUCUUUGCUGUGAUGCAUGCUCAGAGGACGUCUGGCAGCUGUGCCCCUGCGCUCCACCUACUACUGCUGGCCUGGGCCUUCGUGCUGUUGUUGAUGUGAUACCACCAUUCCUGGGAGAGGCAGAGAUCAGCCCUCUAAAGCACAAGCCAACAACUGUAUAAACAGUGAAGUGAAGUUCCAGUACAACUGGAUAUACAGUUGGAUAGUUGGAUAUAUAUAACUGUAUAAACAGUUGGAGUGAAGACCAAUCUUGCACUUGGUGAAGAAUGCUCAUUGGACCCCAAAGCAGAAGCCAGUUGUUGCUUAGCUAAAAUGCUCCUGCACGAGGCCACUGAGGAAGGGGACUUGGCAGGGACUGAGGGAUUAUGUGGAGUUUAUAUUUCUUGAUCAAAGGGGCUGCAUUUUGUCACUUCUGCAAGGAGAGUCUUGCCAGCAUCUACUACGGGCAGGUUCAGUAGCCUGUAUUGUCCCCACCUGACCAGGCCUGUAGCAGAAAGGACUCCUUGACCUGAUCAACUCCUUCAGGGGCUGCUGGAUCAGACCCUCUCUUUUCCGUGAUUAGCUCAGAGCACCUCUAUGAAAUAUAACCCUUCCCCAAUAAGAAAGCAAUUUCCCCACCAACGGUGUAGUCAAUGAGAAGGGCAACUACAGGAAGAAAACUUCCAGUUGAACUAAUAUGAAACCCAUUUGCUAAUUGUGGGGGGAAAUAAAACUUUUAAAUUAUACAAUGUAAAA